ACUCAAUUCUGUCGGGGGAUUCUGUUAUUGAGUGUUACCUAUCGACACUCAACGAUUCUGUCUUCAUUGAGGGUUUAACCCACGAAGAGUAAAUAUAACCACGAUUAAACUCUGGUAUUACAAUUGUAAUUGUUUAGUCAUAAUUAGUUAUGGAUAUCGUUUUGCUGGCCUCUCUUGUUACGGGACUAAUUAUAAUAUUAGCUAUCCUAGCCUUGUUUUCAAAGAGGAAAGGUACUUCUGAAGCAAAUCCCAGAGGACAACCACCGUUAGCACAUGGUCAUCAGCCACGACGUGCUGCAGGUAUUAGAAAUGCGAGACAUCGCAUGCAUAUGAAUGCGGCAGGUCCAGUCAGAGCAGGUAAUGAAUCAGACGACAGCAACGAUGCCAAUGAUGAAAAUGAGGAUCCAGAUGUUGGCACAUCUGAUAACAAGCUGGGAACUAAGAAAAGGGCAAAACUAGAGGCUAAAGCAGAAAGGAGGAUGCAUAGGGAGGCAGCAGAACGUGAUAGGGAAGAGCGGAAAAAAAGGGAGCUGCUUCUUCAGGAGAAAAGGGACAAGCAAAGCGAAAAGGAAAGAGUAGAGGAAGUUCAGAGAGCAGAAGCAGAAAAAAAGGCCAGAGAGGAGAAGGAGAGACAGGAAUAUGAGGAGUAUUUGAAAAUGAAAGAGGCCUUUAGUGUCGAAGAGGAAGGUUAUCAGGAAGGCUCUGAGAUAGAGGAGAUCAAUUUAUUGCAGCAAUUUCUGGACUACAUCAAAGCUAACAAGGUUGUUGUCCUUGAAGAUUUAGCUGCUCAUUUCAGACUUAAAACUGUCAAUGUAAUAGAGAGGAUACAAGACUUACAAGCUGAUGGUAGUUUGACCGGAGUUGUUGACGAUCGUGGGAAAUUUAUAUACAUUUCAACAGAGGAGCUGGAAGUAGUGGCCAAGUUCAUAAGGCAAAGGGGGCGAGUAAGCAUCACAGAGUUAGCGGAAAAUUCAAAUAUUUUGAUCAAUUUAAAUCCAUCGAAAUCGAAUUCUCUGAGCGUUUGAAUAUCGCAUAUGCAGCAUCUGGUGUGAUAAUGAAAUGGGAUAGCUAGAUUCUCUGUGAGAACAUCGUUUAUUCGUUGCUGACACACAUUAGUACCUAAUACUAUUAGGUUUGCAUAGCAUUGAAAUUAUCUACUUCCAUAGAUUAUCUAAGCUACCAUCAAGAUUUAAUAAAUAAUUUUACCAUUUCGCCGGAAUAUCUCGUCGUCACGCUUAAACUAAAUAUAUCUGAUAAUGUUAAUAUGUGUCUCAGAUGUAGAAAAGGUAUCGUAAUGAAUUUCAACCAGCAUAUUAUCAUUAUUGUUAUGCCUGGCAAGAAGUUUGAUGUAUUUUUAUAUAUAUAUGACAUAAACAACCUACCUUGUUAAUUGAUAUGCCGUAUAUUAUAGUAUAAAACUUUUGUACACACAUCGUAAUUAUAAGUGUAUGUUACAUACAAGCGAGAUGUGUCAGUUUUUAGAAGUGCUGGGCACUUUUGGUAUUUUUGCCAACAUAGUCAGGAUUGACUCUGUGUUGGUUAUAGGCAGAACUAACAAUUAUAAAUGUUCUUUGUACAUGUAUCUAUAUAAGGUAUUUUUAAGUACCACGCCAUGUUAUAUUCCUGGGUAUAUCUGAAUCGAUUUUACUGGCAGUCGCGAUGUUGCGAUUGGUGAAGUAAAAAAUCCAUGAGUAAUAGUUAAUUUUAUAACAAUACAACAAAGUAAAUUUCUAUUGUUACUUAAAAUAUGCUUUGCGUUUGAAUCCCGAGAAAUCCUAUUUCUCGCAUUCUUUUGCCAUGCUAAUAGUAACUAUUUAAUAAAUACGUUAUACUUUUC